AUGGCUGCGCCAGGCUAUGCGCUGCGGCGCACAGCACUGGCUUCUUCGUCGUUGUUAAGGAUGGGAGUGAUCACCGCUACCCGAACACAAGCUAUACACUUCCUCCGCGCCGGCCGUUGUCUUGCUUUGUCCUCCCAUGUACCGACACCAUACUCCCUCUCGCAAACCCGACAUAGUUCCUACUCUGGGCCGGCAUCGAGUGAGAAUGGAAAGGCGCGGAAGAAGGUUACUAUCCAGACGCUUCAGAACAUGUACAAAAAGGGGGAGCCAAUCACGAUGCUCACGGCGCAUGAUUUUCCCAGUGCUCAUGUGGCUGAUGCGUCGGGAAUGGAUAUGGUCUUGGUAGGGGAUAGCUUAGGGAUGGUAGCUCUUGGACUGGAAAACACGACGGAGGUUGUUAUGGAAGAGAUGAUUCUCCAUUGUCGGAGCGUGGCGCGGGCAACCAAAGCCGCCUUCAUUAUCGGAGAUCUACCGAUGGGGUCGUACGAAGUGUGCGCAGAGCAAGCUAUUGAGUCAUCUCUGCGCCUGGUCAAGGAAGGCCGCGUGCACGGCGUCAAGCUAGAAGGUAGCGAGGAGCUCGCGCCCACAAUCAAGCGCAUCACACAAGCUGGUGUUCCGGUGGUGGGCCAUGUCGGUCUCACGCCACAGCGUCAGAAUGCCCUCGGCGGCUUCCGCGUGCAGGGCAAGACAGCUGUUAGCGCAAUGAAAUUACUGCGCGAUGCACUCGCGAUGCAAGAGGCUGGCGCAUUCAUGCUUGUGCUUGAGGCGAUGCCGUCAGAGGUUGCAUCGAUCAUCACGCAGAAGCUGCGAAUCCCGACUAUCGGUAUUGGCGCUGGGAAUGGCUGCUCUGGGCAGGUUCUGGUCCAGGUCGACAUGACUGGAAAUUUCCAGCCUGGUCGGUUCGUGCCGAAGUUUGUUAAGCAGUAUGCGGAUGUUUGGGACGAGGCUGCUCGUGGCAUUUCGCUGUAUCGUGACGAAGUUAAGAGUCGAGCGUUCCCUUCGGCCGAAUAUACAUAUCCCAUUUCGAAGGAUGAGCUCGCUGGGUUCCAGACAAAGGUGGACGAGGCCUUCCGGGAAUCAUGA